CCCCCUCCCGGAUGGGGGGAAAAAAAAAAGAUGUCAGCUCCGCCGCCGUAGUGUGGCUCCUUAAAAACCCCUCGCGCUGAAAAUGACAUGCCCGCGCCAUGUAACUCCGACCCCGCUCGCGGAGCCCGCGGCGGCGCCCGGCGGCGGCGAGCGCUACGGCCGGGGCGCGGGCAUGUACAUGCAGCCCGGGGGCGACUUCAGCUGCGGGGUGAUGCGGGGCUGCGGGCUGGCGCCCUCGCUCUCCAAGAGGGACGAGGGCAGCAGCCCCAGCCUGGCCCUCAACACCUACCCGUCCUACCUCUCCCAGCUGGACUCCUGGGGCGACCCCAAGGCCGCCUACCGCCUGGAGCAACCUGUUGGCAGGCCGCUGUCCUCCUGCUCCUACCCACCUAGUGUCAAGGAGGAGAAUGUCUGCUGCAUGUACAGCGCGGAGAAACGCGCGAAAGGUGGCCCCGAGGCAGCGCUCUACCCCCACCCCCUGCAGGACGCUUGCCUCUCCGAGCACGAGGUGCCCGUGCCCAGCUACUACCGCGCCAGCCCCAGCUACUCCGCGCUGGAGAAGCCGCCCCACUGCGCCGGGGCCAACGACUUCGAAGCCCCCUUCGAGCAGCGGGCCGGGCUGCACCCGCGCGCCGAGCCCCUGGAGUCGCCCCAGCUCGGGGGCAAAGUGAGUUUCCCUGAGACCCCCAAGUCCGACCACCAGACCCCCAGCCCCAGUGAGAUCAAAACCGAGCAAAGCCUCGGGGGGCCCAAAGGCAGCCCCUUGGAGAGCGAGAAGGAGCGGGCCAAGGCCGCCGACUCCAGCCCGGACACUUCGGACAACGAAGCGAAAGAGGAGAUAAAGGCAGAAAACACCACAGGAAAUUGGCUGACAGCAAAGAGCGGAAGGAAGAAGCGCUGCCCCUAUACUAAACACCAGACGCUGGAAUUGGAGAAGGAAUUUCUGUUCAAUAUGUAUUUGACGCGAGAGCGCCGCCUGGAGAUUAGCAAGACCAUUAACCUUACAGACAGACAAGUCAAAAUCUGGUUUCAAAAUCGCAGAAUGAAACUCAAGAAAAUGAACCGAGAGAAUCGGAUCCGGGAACUGACCUCCAAUUUUAAUUUCACCUGAGGGGCGACCUUCCCUCCCCCCCCCCCCCGCCCCUCGCGCCCCCCCUUCCAUUCCCCGCCCCUCCUCCCUUUGUGCCUGGUGGUAUAUUUUUUUUCCCCUCCCUGAGUAUAAAUGCAACGCGCCUGCAAAAAAAGGCAAAGACCUCAGACUCUCCUUCCAAGGGACCUGUGGUUCGUGCUGCGAAGAUCCAACCACCUAAAGCAUGAGAAGUGGGGUGCUGGGGUGCGGAUGGGGGGUGCCCACCUAGGGGAGGGUGGGAGCGUGGCUGGUGUGUGCGUCAACCCUUCCCUCACCCCCACUCACACACAGCAUCAUGUUCUCCAUGCAAAGUUAAGGUCGAAUCCACCCGACGAUGGGGGGGAACCAAGGGGAAAAAUCCACCGGAGCCGGUCUGCGAUCUCGCAGAGCUCAGUGAGACGCGCUCCUUCCUCGCUGCAUUUCCUCCUUAGAAUCCUAGAUGUUUUUGGAAAGUUCGGCUAGUGUUUGUGUGUUUGUUGUAACGCCCAGCGCCUCCACCAAGCCCUCUCGGUGUCUGUACCUCCCAGUCGCUCUGAGAAUCUGCUUGAAGUCUCGUAUUUGUACAGCUUUCUGCUCCUCUCCCUUCCUCCCAGCACCCCACACCCCCCCCAAUCCACUGCCGGCUCAGAAAUUCUAUCCAGAGGAACAAAAAGAUUAAAUAUUAAAACUAGACCCUAGCAAAGCCCAGCCAGAACCCCCGCCCCCCCGCCCCUCACCUUGUCUCUGUCUGGGAGUUGUGUUAUUUAAAGAUAUUCUGUAUGUUGUAUCUUUUGCAUGUAGCUUCCUUACUGGAGAAAAAAAUUCAAAUAAAUUUCCAGAAUCGUAAUCCUCAAA